AUGGCUGCCAUCUCCAAAGACACAGAGAGAAGAAUGUUCGCUGAUUCCACAUCGCUCAGAGCUAAGAACUGCAUGAACGACCCCUGUGAGCAUGGUUGGUGCGAAGAGACAAUGACUGGCUACCAAUGUCACUCGUUUGACAAUUCUUCAAUAACUGUUGGUGACAAAGACACCAUCAUCACUAGCGCCAUAACAACUACCACAAAGUCAACUAGAGAGACCCCGCAACCAGCGACAACGUCAUCAUCGACAACGCCUUCACAGGACCUUUGUCUUUCAACUCCUUGUAAAAAUGGAGGGACUUGCGAACAGUUAGUGACGUCGUUUCUAUGUACUUGCCCUCCGAUGUUCUACGGUCCAGUGUGUGAGUGUCCCGUACUCCACACACCUGAUGUGGGUGAUACCAGACGGUACGCCUUUCCUGGCUUCUGGAUUGCUGAGAAUGUGACGUCAUUUGACUUCAUGGUCAGCGCUGACAAUGAUGCGCACAUUGGACUCUUCGCAAGUAACGUGUCAGACGAAAAAUACGAAAUUGUUAUCGGUGGAUGGAACAAUGCUCGUAGCGUUAUCGGACGAAGUGCCAGUUCCGAUCUUUUGACUUGGAGAGAAUUAUCUCCUCAACAAGACUUCCGUCUGACAGGAAAUCCAGUUUUUGACCACUACCAGCUAUCCUUCGCCAACGGUUAUAUUAAGUUAAGUCGUUAUGAUACACAACUAGCCUUUAUAGACGCCACUGACCUGGAUCCUCUGGCAAUCAACUGCGUCGGAAUAAUGACUGGGUAUGGAUCAGUAGGGUAUUGGAAAUUCCCGACAUUCUGCCAGGAAAGCCAAAACAAGGAUCAUGCAUAA